AUGGCGGUGAAGAAGAAACUAUCUUGGAAAUCAUUAAUGGUUGCGUGUUUCUUGGAUCCAGAAAACUUAUAUUCAUCAAAAAAGGCAAAAAAAGAUGAUGGUAAUGGUGUGAUCACCAAACAGAAAUCGUUUCUUGGAUUGUCGAUUCUUGACAUAAGCAAUCCAAGCUCCACGACCUUGUCCGAAGAUCUCUCAAUCUCUCUCGCCGGCUCGGAUCUCCAUGUGUUUUCACAGUCGGAGCUCAAAGUCAUAACACAGAGCUUUUCUUCCAGCAACUUCCUCGGCGAAGGAGGGUUCGGUCCGGUUCACAAAGGGUUCGUCGACGACAAGCUACGUCCUGGUCUUAAGGCACAGCCUGUCGCUGUUAAACUUCUUGAUCUUGAUGGCCUCCAAGGUCACCGAGAGUGGCUGACGGAGGUUAUAUUUCUUGGGAAAUUAAAGCAUCCGAAUCUUGUGAAGCUGAUCGGUUAUUGCUGCGAGGAAGAACAUAGACUUCUUGUUUAUGAGUUCAUGCCUCGUGGAAGUUUAGAGUCUCAACUAUUCAGAAGAUGUUCCAUAUCGCUACCGUGGUUAACAAGGAUGAAGAUCGCUCAUGGAGCUGCAAAGGGUCUCCAGUUUCUCCAUGAAGCCGAGAAACCAGUCAUCUAUCGCGAUUUCAAAGCCUCCAAUAUCUUGUUAGAUGCGGAUUAUACAGCAAAACUAUCCGACUUUGGCCUAGCAAAAGAUGGACCAGAAGGCGACGAAACACACGUGUCCACUCGCGUGAUGGGCACGCAAGGGUACGCAGCGCCAGAGUACAUAAUGACAGGACAUCUAACGGCAAAGAGCGACGUGUACAGCUUUGGGGUAGUGUUGCUUGAGCUGUUAACAGGUCGAAGAUCGGUGGACAAAAAGAGAACCUCAAGGGAACAAAACCUAGUCGACUGGGCUCGUCCUAUGCUCAAUGACGCACGUAAGCUCGGGAGAAUAAUGGACCCUAGGCUUGAAGAUCAGUACUCAGAGACCGGAGCACGAAAGGCCGCGACUUUGGCUUACCAAUGCCUAAGCUACCGACCAAAGAACAGGCCAUGCAUCAACAACGUUGUCUCGGUUCUUCAAGAUAUUAAAGAUUGCAAUGGUGAUAUUCCCAUUGGGACGUUCACGUACACGGUCUCUCCGUUUCCAACUAAGCCAAGCCCUGACGUUAAAGACAAGAGUGUUCAAAAUUGCGACAAGCCUCGUAACGUUCAUAAGAGUGAUCAUAAGGUCCGGUCACAGGCGCAUACGGCACGAAACCACCGGUUAACUUUGAGAAACGGAUUGAAUUCACCAAUGCGUAACGAGGCCGGAGGGGAACGGUACUGA